AAUUGACAUCAUGGUUGUUGUUUGCCCGUGUUUGCCCCAAGUGUACACGCUCACUCUGGGCUACUCAGCGGCUGAGUUGAAUUUUAAUCAUUUUUUUCAGUUGUUCGAAGACGUCAAAAAAUGAGUAGAAUUAAAUUGAUCAUGGAGGCAAAUUUACUCAAAAUUGGGUAACUGGUGCUUGCGUGUUGUUCUUGUUAUUUUAUUUUGCAAUUAAAAGCAAACAGCAAACCAAGCAAACCGUCUGAAAAAAGGAGGAAAUAGAAAUGUAAUUCAUGGACUCGUUGGUUGGAUAUACGGCGAAUAAAUUCAAAGAUCUCCCGUAGCCCGGCAAACAAAGACUCCACCGCGAGAAUUAUUAGCGUGAUUUUUUCCGCGUGUCACACACACAUGCGCUGUUUGCAUAUUGCACACAAAGUUGUUUGACGUUUCUCCGAUGGCAUUAACCGGGCUAGUCGUGCUGUUUUUAAAGGUAAUAAAAAUUUUGUAAAUGAGUGUUGAUUGCUGCACUUUACUUAGUUUAUAACAAAAAAUGAGCUCGAAAAAACAACGGUUGGAAAAUGAGGAAGCAGCAGCUGGACCCAGCAGCCGCUCCACUUCCGUUUCCAAAAAAAUUUUGUUUCUCGAUGAACAUUACCUUGAAGAGGCAGAAGAGAUAACUAACGAUCCUUUAGUUUCAACUAUCGUCGACUACGAUCCGGAGUUUUUGGAAUCAGAAUCGGAUGAGGAAGAGAACGAGCCGCUGCGUGAAGGAUUCGCCCAAGACAAAUUACCUUCUGGCCUUUAUGGUUGCUGGCUGUUAGUGGCCACACGUAAUUUCAAGGGACACAGUUCGGGAAAAGAGGUAGGAAGAUGGGGUGUCGCUGGUAAUUCUGUUAUAGAAUUCAUCCAGAACUGCUGGCAGCUGUCACAGAAAUUCCUUAAACGGGAAGUUUUGUUUAAGUGUGAUGAAAGUGGCAUUGGAAAACCAGUUUGGAGUGAAAAGAUAGGCCCGGAAGAAAAAGAUUUUGUGGAAUUUGCCCUUUUUAACGAUAAAACCAGUCACAGAACCCUUCGUCCUGAUCAACUAACAGAGACAAUUCUCCAAAACUGGAGAACUAAGGAAAUACACUUGCUACUUCAUGUUUAUUCAACAUCUGUGAACAACAAAGCUGUAUUUCAAUCUGUUCAGGAACUUUUGCUGGGAAAAGGCUCAGCUGACAAAUCCGGUGCUGCAUCCAACUCCACAAUAGAUGCUCUUGCUAAAAAGCUACGUGAUAUACAUGGUCAUUGGGAAGCCCAUCAUAUUGCGUGGAUAAUGUGGGCCAAUGUAAUUUCAGUGUCGGAAUCGCACGUUCAAGAAACGAUGAUUCACGAAGCACCCCCUGCUCAUUUAAUCAAACUGUUUCAAACGAAGGAGCAGCCACGUUUACAAUCUGUUGCCAGGAAUUUUUCUAUGGCUCACAGUGUUAAUCAAGGUUACCAGGACGAUGUGUUGGUGAUUAGGCGUAGUUAUGACCAGCUGGAAGGCAUGCUAUCGAAUGUCAACAAAGGAAUGAAACUUCUGAAGAACCAAAUCGAGUUGAUGGAAUCGCGAGCUGCAAUGGGAGAAUCAUUCAUAUCAGCGGCGGAGCAGGCGGUGCUAGUCGAUGAAACUUCCUUUAGUGCUUCAUUGGCUAGCAAAGUUAUAGACGCAUAGGAUGUGGACCACAUGUUAUGAACACGGAGGAAAAUGGUUGAAUUAAGAGUAGAAAAAAUUAACUUUGAUUGGAUUGGUAUUGUUAACUAUUUCAGGACUCUUGUUUGUAAUAUCAGAGAUGUUUUUUUUAAUUAAA